CAUUACAUUACAGCCCACCCACAGCCAACAUUUCAUACGUUUAUUUCCAGAUUUAGCCUCCUCGUUCACUCCGCCCCUCUUCUUCUUCACCCCCCCUAUAAAUAUAUUAUUUAUUCCAUCUCACACACACAAACACACACACACAUUCCUGCAACCAACAAUGGGGUUUGCGAGAGCCAUCAACCCUCACCCGCUUCCUCUACUCGCGGAUACCCGUGCUACUAAACCCGUACCCGCUCCUUCCUCUUCUUCCCUCUUUCUCGGAUCCACCCGCACCCUCCGCCCCACCCAAACCCGAUCCAUUUCUUCCCCUCAUCGUCGAUCUGCUGCUUCUGCUGUUGCCGCUAAAGUCUCCGAUGUCAAGCUCAAAUCCACCACCAAUCUCUUGGUUACCAAAGAAGAAGGUUUAGAAGUAUAUGAAGACAUGAUCUUGGGCAGAGUUUUCGAGGACAUGUGUGCACAAAUGUAUUAUAGGGGCAAAAUGUUUGGUUUUGUCCAUUUAUACAACGGUCAAGAAGCCGUUUCCUCAGGGUUCAUCAAACUCCUAAAGAAGGAAGACAGUGUUGUGAGCACAUACCGUGAUCACGUUCACGCCCUAAGCAAAGGUGUACCCGCACGUGCCGUCAUGAGCGAGCUCUUCGGGAAAACAACUGGAUGUUGCCGUGGGCAGGGUGGGUCCAUGCACAUGUUCUCCGCUGAACACAAUGUUCUCGGUGGUUUUGCGUUUAUCGGAGAAGGGAUACCGGUUGCCACAGGUGCAGCCUUCACUAGCAAGUACAAACGGGAAGUUUUGAAAGAAGCGGAUUGCGAUCAUGUCACGUUAGCGUUCUUCGGAGACGGUACUGCAAACAACGGGCAGUUCUUCGAGUGCUUGAACAUGGCUGCGUUAUGGAAGUUGCCGAUAAUAUUUGUCGUAGAGAAUAAUCUAUGGGCCAUUGGUAUGUCCCAUCUUCGUGCGACUUCCGAUCCCGAAAUCUGGAAGAAAGGCCCGGCUUUUGGGAUGCCGGGAGUCCAUGUUGACGGGAUGGAUGUGUUGAAGGUGCGGGAGGUAGCAAAGGAGGCUAUCGGGCGUGCGAGAAGAGGUGAAGGCCCGACAUUGGUUGAAUGCGAGACUUACAGGUUUAGAGGGCACUCUUUGGCCGACCCUGACGAGCUUCGUGACCCAGAUGAGAAGGCCCGUUAUGCAGCCCGAGACCCGAUAACCCAGUUUAAGAAAUACCUGAUCGAAAACAAACUGGCAAGUGAAGCAGAGUUGAAGGCGAUCGAGAAGAAGAUAGACGAGGUGGUUGAGGAGGCCGUGGAGUUUGCAGACGAAAGCCCGGCACCUUCUAGAAGCCAGCUGUUGGAGAAUGUGUUUGCUGAUCCGAGAGGCUUUGGAAUCGGGCCUGACGGAAGGUAUAGGUGUGAAGACCCGAAGUUCACCGAAGGCACAGCUCAGGUCUAGACUUUGGUUUGUGUUCCUUUUAUGUUUUUGUUUCAUCAUGUUUGUCUUCUUUUCUAUAAUUCUUGUGUUAUCUUAUUAUGCCAACAAUUGUUAUUGUAGUUUGUAUUUUGAGAUUGAAUAUCCUAGCUUUAUGGAUUAUUCUCCUUUAAAGUCUGUACUUGAUCAAACUUGUAGUGCAACUUAUUUAUAUAAAAGACUUUAACGGUUUUGCC